AUUUUCACAGGACUAGAUGCUAGAAUUUGAUUUCCACCCCAUUCAUGUCAACAACAAAUGAUUACUAUAGAGAGCUGUCGUAACAGUGUAGCAUGGUGCAUCAUGGUCAGGGAAUGAAUUCAGAUGCCAUAAGAAGAAGUAAACAAAGUGUUCAUAAAAACUAUUUUCACAGUAAUUGGUCGGACUUUCAGUUCAUAGGAUGGAACAUCAAUACAGCAGAUUGUUUUGUUCUGGCAAUACUGUUGGCACUGUUGCUUGUUCUACUCCAUGAGGUUAUAAUCUUCUCUCUUCAUGUGGAUGUUUAUAUAUUAGGACAACCAAAACUAAGUAAAAGACAGGUGAUAUUCAUCCAAGUGCGACGCUCACUUCUGCACAUGUUACGUGUGGGCUUUACGAUGAUGGUCAUGCUGAGUCUGAUGACUUACAACAUAUGGUUCCUCCUGACCCAAGCGCUCGGCUCCGGUCUAGGGUAUUUUAUUCUCAGACCUCUUAUCCUUACUCUGUUGACAAAGUGGUUGAAACGCAAGAGAAAAACUUCAACAAGACACAAAGGGAAAGCGGAUAUCAAACUACAAGAUCUGACAUUGACUAGAACGGACAGCCCUGUGUAUAAAGGUGCUAAACACAAGCCAGGAGAUAUUUUAAACGCAAAACCUCUUCUCAUGGACAAGCUACAAAACGAACUUAUUUAGUUGAAUAUUUUAAAGAUUUAAUUCUUUGGGACAGCUAAAGUGUGAUUUAAAACUACCUGGUGUGGUAAAGAAGAUAUUAUGUUAAACCAGUUUGUGAUUUGAAGUUAUAGAGUAGACCUAUGUAACUUGAGUGAAUUUCUCGGGGCUUUUAAUAUAUGAAAGUGAUAACAUGGCCAGAUGAGAUUGUUUGGCUAAAUGUGUCCUAAAUUUAAAGUUAAGAUGACUGUGUUCUGAUAUCAAGGUUGAGGUCAUACAUAUUGUAUAGCCAACUGUAUUCUUAUAUCAAGGUUAAGGUCAUGCAGAU